CUCUGUGUGUGUGUGUGUGUGAGAGAGAGAGAGAGAGAGAGAGAGAGAGAGAGAGAGAGAGAGGGAGAGGGAGAGGGAGAGGGAGAGAAUGAGAAUGAAUCUCAAAGGCCAAACUGGGGCCAGAGUCGGAAGCCUGAGGGUGAGCGGGGGAGUUAACUCGCGUAGGAGUUCUUUCCCCCCAAGGGCACGCGACGCCAGCAGGCCCCUGCUUGGAAUGGCCCUGAAGAACUUAUUUCACCUUCUUUAAAAGAGGGUGUGAUAAAACGGGCUUUCUGUCUCCGCCACUCCGAAUCGCCCUGGCAGGCGCUCGGCCGGGCGACGUCCUGCGCGCAGUCGGGACCCCUGCACCCCCGCGCGCCGGCACCGGGAAGAGGGACAAAGAGUUUGGGCCAAGUUUGAGCUCCGGGCAGUGCCAGGCUCGGGGAAGGAAGGUCCCCUGGGUGGACACCCGGGUGCCGAAGGUGGAGCAAAGAGAAGAAGCUGCCUGGCGAAUACAGGAUCCAGAGAGUGGGGGUCAAGCCAAUCUCCGCUGAGGGAGUGGCAGGCAAGCUGGGGCUCCGGAAGGCAGGCCUCUCUCGCUCCAAAGUAAAGCAAAUCGGCCUCCCGGUCCACCUGGUUUCCCACAGCGCCGCUGGAAAACUCCUUCCCCUCUUAUGCCAAACUUUGCUCCCGGCUCUGCAGCCUCCUGAGGAGGCUGCGGAGCGGGAAGGGUUAAGGCUGCCCGUCCCAGCUGACAGUCAGCUGAUUGGGCCCUGAUUGACAGCUCCGAAAAGUUUCCUUGUCUCUACACUAUUAUGCUAAUCGCGGCCGCCUCCCAUUGGUCUAGAGUACCAGUCAAUUUCCCAUUUGGGCCUGACGUCACAAGUGCUAUAAAACUCAGCAAUUGCUUUAAACUCUUCUUGCUGGAUCAGAGGCUUUAAAAUCUUUUUUUCAUCUUCGAGCUGUAGCUCGGGCUGCUCGUCGGCUCGGCCUCCCCCCUUUUGCUCUCCGCCUCGCCUUUCCCCAGGACUUCGCUAUUUUGCUUUAAAAAAAAAAAAAAAAAAAGCCAAGAAAGAACUCAACUCCCCCCUCCCUUUCCUCCAGCCAGGCUGCACCUCUGUCUUGCACUUUGCACGGAGGGAGGAAGAGCGCGAGGGAGAGAGAGAGAAAGAGAGAGAGAGAGAGAAAAGAAAGAAAAAAAAAAUAAAAAGAGCCAGGCUGAAGAGGAGGCGAGAAGCAUGAAGUGUUAACUCCCCCGUGCCAAGGCCAGCGCCGCCCGGACAGCCGCCCGCCGCGCUUCCAGCCCCGAGCGGCCGCCGCGCGCGCCCCGCCUGCAGCCCGGGCCGGCGAGGCGAGCCCUCCUUAUGCAAAGGGCGCAGCGGAGCGGCGAGCGGGGGACGCCGCGCACCCGGCCGGGCUCCUCCGGCUUCGCCGCCGCCGCCGCCGCCGCCACCGCCACCGCAACCCGCGGAGGACCUUCCCGAGCCUGAAGCCGCCGGCUCGGCGCGCUAGGAGACGAGCAGGCGAGGAGGGGCCCGGGCGAGCAGCGAGCACAUUGGCGUGAGCAGGGGGGAGGGAGGGCGGGCGCGGGGGGCGCGGGCAGGGCGGGGGGGGUGUGUGCGCGCUCGGAGGUUUCGGGCCAGCCACCGCCGCGCGAGCUAGAAGCGCCCCAGCCCGGCAAGCUGGCUCACCCGCUGGCCACCCAGCACAGCCCGCUGGCCCCUCUCCUGCAGCCCAUCUGGCGGAGCGGCGGCGGCGGCGGCGGCAGGAGAAUGGCAUCAGAACUGGCAAUGAGCAACUCCGACCUGCCCACCAGUCCCCUGGCCAUGGAAUAUGUUAAUGACUUCGAUCUGAUGAAGUUUGAAGUGAAAAAGGAACCGGUGGAGACCGACCGCAUCAUCAGCCAGUGCGGCCGUCUCAUCGCCGGGGGCUCGCUGUCCUCCACCCCCAUGAGCACGCCGUGCAGCUCGGUGCCCCCUUCCCCCAGCUUCUCGGCGCCCAGCCCGGGCUCGGGCAGCGAGCAGAAGGCGCACCUGGAAGACUACUACUGGAUGACCGGCUAUCCGCAGCAGCUGAACCCCGAGGCGCUGGGCUUCAGCCCCGAGGACGCGGUCGAGGCGCUCAUCAGCAACAGCCACCAGCUCCAGGGCGGCUUCGAUGGCUACGCGCGCGGGGCGCAGCAGCUGGCCUCGGCGGCCGGGGCCGGCGCCGGCGCCUCCCUGGGCAGCAGCGGCGAGGAGAUGGGCCCCGCCGCCGCCGUGGUGUCCGCCGUGAUCGCCGCGGCCGCUGCGCAGAGCGGCGCGGGCCCGCACUACCACCACCACCACCACCACCACGCCGCUGGCCACCACCACCACCCGACGGCCGGCGCGCCCGGCGCCGCGGGCAGCGCGUCCGCCUCGGCCGGUGGCGCGGGCGGCGCGGGCAGCGGCGGCCCGGCCAGCGCCGGGGGCGGCGGCGGCGGCGGCGGCGGCGGAGGCGGCGGCGGAGCGGCGGGGGCGGGGGGCGCCCUGCACCCGCACCAUGCCGCCGGCGGCCUGCACUUCGACGACCGCUUUUCCGAUGAGCAGCUGGUGACCAUGUCGGUGCGCGAGCUGAACCGGCAGCUGCGCGGGGUCAGCAAGGAGGAGGUGAUCCGGCUGAAGCAGAAGAGGCGGACCCUGAAAAACCGCGGCUAUGCCCAGUCCUGCCGCUUCAAGAGGGUGCAGCAGAGGCACGUCCUGGAGUCCGAGAAGAACCAGCUGCUGCAGCAGGUCGACCACCUCAAGCAGGAGAUCUCCAGGCUGGUGCGCGAGAGGGACGCGUACAAGGAGAAAUACGAGAAGUUGGUGAGCAGCGGCUUCCGAGAAAACGGCUCGAGCAGCGACAACCCGUCCUCUCCCGAGUUUUUCAUGUACCCAAGGGAAUCCUCUACAUCAGUGAUGUGAAAAAUCCUGUUGCCUGAAGUCCAAGAGAUGUUCCUGACAUUGGCUAAGACCCAUCUGGAUGCAACCAAGCCUUACCGAGCGGCCUCCCCCGGGGCAGGGCAGGUGGGACCCACAUGUAGGGGAGGGGCCUUUUUGUAGCUUUCCUUGGCACCUAUGGGACUUCCCUGAUGGAACUGGUAUAAACAGCACUUCCCGGGUUCUAAGUACCCAUAUUUUUUGUUUUUUUGUUUUUUGUUUUUUUCCCCUAAUC